CCAACUGCCUCUGCGCAUGCCCGGCCGCCCAGAAACUCUGAGGAGUCACCGGCUGGAAACAAACUUUCACGGAACAAUGUCGCGACCCUGUCCUCCGGAGACAGUCAGAAACAGUUUGAUAGAGGAUGCUAAGGCCCGCUUAAAAAAGCAUGAUGUUGGGACCAAAUAUUCUCACUUGUCGUCUAGUAAAUAUUCCAUCCUUUUACCGUUGUUGGCUAAAGAAGGAAAACUUCAUCUGUUGUUCACCCUCCGGUCAGAGAAGCUGAGACGGUCGCCUGGAGAAGUCUGCUUCCCUGGAGGAAAGUGCGAAACCACGGAUGUGGAUGAUGUGGCCACGGCCCUCCGGGAGGCCCAGGAGGAAGUGGGGCUGCGUCCUCAUCAGGUGGAGGUUGUCUGCCGUCUGGUGCCGUAUCUGUUUGAUACAAAUACAUUUAUAACACCAGUUGUAGGGUUCAUAGACCACAACUUCCAGGCCCAGCCGAAUCCCGAUGAAGUGAAGAAAGUGUUCCUGGUGCCUCUGGACUAUUUCCUGCACCCACAUGCCUACCACCAGAAUCACCUGACGCAAUCUGGUCAUCAUUUUAUUAUUCAUUGCUUUGAGUACACAAAUCCUGAAGAUGGUGUGACUUACUAUAUCAAAGGACUAACAGCAAAAUUUGCUGUGUUCGUUGCCUUAAUUAUUUUGGGGGAAAAACCCACCUUUGAGGUUGAAUUUAAUCUCAACGAUCUAACAUCAUCCUCGGAAGAAACCUUCCUGAAGCUUUAUAAACCUGCAUCAAGCAAGUUAUGAUUUAUGAGACCAACAUCCAAAUAACUAUCUAAGCAGCUUUGUGUGUGCUUAUCCGCGGAACAAUAAUGCCAGCUGGUGGAAUUUGACAGGUGCUAAUAUUUUCCAGGCAAUAUGAAGAUAAAAACCUUGCCUUAUUUCCAGCUGCCCUCUGUUAUCUGAAAGAGCAAAAGUUUUGCAAAAGUGGAAAAUGUGUUUAUGAUAUUGAAUAACUUCACCCGCAAUAUAUUAGCCCCAUUUUUCUUACAUGUGUAAGAAAAUGUAUCUGGCACACAGUAGGCACUUAAUAAAUAUUUAUUAAAUAUAUAACCAUGUAGCAUUUCUCUUACGUAUAAGAGGUAAUAUUUCUGUUACAUAUGAAGCAAUUUCUGGCUGGCCAUCAAAAUCUAUUGUCCCUUUAUUCCGUGUCAGUAGAGUUGAAGCUGAGACCAAAGCUCCCAGGUAGAAAUAGCAUUACCCAGAAUCCCUUGCAGGUAAAUGUGGCUCUAGAACUUAGUUUAGGCCAAUGGGAUGUGAAUGAAAGUUGACUUUGCAGGUUAUCUCCAAUUUAAGAGAUAAGCCAGCCUCCCUGGACUCUUUUCCCCUUUCCAUGAGCUGCAACAUGAGCUUAUCUGCACCCCUGCUUUGACCAUACAGAUGAAGACCAUUCCUAGAGAAAUGGCAGAACCAAAAGAUCAUAAGAGCUUGGAUCUCCGAAUGACUCUGUGGAGCAAAGCAACCUGCCACCCUGGACUAUUCACGUGGGAGUUGGGACUAUUAUAUGGGAGAAGAAUAAAUCCUAUUA